UCCUUCCCUUGUCCGCGCUACGGGCGUUGUACAUCGCGAUGCCGGUUUACGACAGUGGUUUUUUUUUUUUAACCUUUGCGGCUGUUAUUAGCAACCAAAUUGCAAGGGGCCCGCUGGCGCGCGACUCCCUCGGUUAGCUGGUGCCCGAGCUAUGAGGCGGCAGCCCCAGGAAGAGGGCUAGAAAGGAUUUGGGGACCCCACACACAAGGGUGAAGAGCUGAAUGGCCUUCAGACCUCAGAAGAGGAGACAUAUUUAAAACACCAAUUGUGUGGCAUUUGAUUCUUCAAAAGAAGGGAAACUGAGGCAUGGCAGCAUACCCAGCCAGAGAGCUUUUGACCUUUCUUGGAGUGCUGUGGCCCCUGCCUGUGCAGAAUGGACCCUGUUGUUCUGAGUUAUGUGGACAGUUUGCUGAGGCAGUCGGAUGUUUCCUUGCUGGAUCCCCCCAGCUGGCUUAAUGACCACAUCAUUGGGUUUGCCUUUGAGUACUUUUCUAGUGACCAGUUCCAAGACUUUUCCGAACAAGUAUGCUUUGUCAGCCCUGAAGUGGCUCAGUUCAUCAAGUGUGCCACCAGCCAGGAGGAAGUAGCCAUGUUCCUGAAGCCGCUGGGCCUCCCGCACAAGGAGGUUGUAUUCCUGGCCAUCAAUGAUAACUCCAACCAGGCAGCUGGGGGCACCCAUUGGAGCCUCUUGGUUUACUUCCGGGAUAAAAACUGUUUUGCCCAUUAUGACUCUCACAGUAAGAGCAACUCUGCCCAUGCCAAGCUGGUGUCAGGAAAGCUGGAGGCAUUUCUGGGAAAAAGAGGAGGCAAAGUGGCCUUCAUAGAGGAGAAGGCCCCUACACAGCAGAACAGCUAUGACUGCGGAAUGUAUGUGAUCUGUAACACAGAGGCUCUGUGUCAGGAAUACUUUAGGGGACAGCAGGAACCAGUACUGCAGCUCCUCACUCCUCCUUAUAUCACACGGAAGAGGGCAGAAUGGAAAGCUCUCAUUGCCAAACUUGCACGCAAAUGACUUAAAUGUAAUUGUCCCUGCUUCCAACAACUAUCUUUCCAGUGCUCUAGUCUCCAUCCCCAGUGCCUGAGGGAAGAUAUCUAUAUACAGGAUUUCUCCACAGAAAGAAUGUAACCCCUCCAGCAUGGCUACACCCUGCACUACCCCAGCUGAAAAGCCUUAGUUUCCUCUACAACCCACUAGCCUUCAGACUUAAGUACUGGUAACAUCACUUUUUGUGUUCAGCAGAACCUUCUUAAAGGCAGUUUUAUUACAUCAAGCACUUUUCUGGCUAUAUCAAACUAGGUUGGUGAAGAUUCCUCUCACCCCCACAGUAAGCAAUGAGCCCUCACUAUAUGAUUUUUAAUUUUCUAUGGACAUUGCUAGUCUAAAUCUAAUCCAGUUCAGUGAUGUCCAUCAUAAAUACAUACAUAGGCCUGAUUUUAAAAGGACACCUCUGAUUUGUCCCUGCCUUUAAUUGUGGUUCCAAGUUAUAGGAUUUAGCAGUCUAGCUACACAAGUCUGCUCAAAAAUUUGGUAUUGAGAUAUCCGUAUCAUGAGAUCUGAGAGUGCAAAAUCAGAAGUAAAGGUGCUUCAAAAGGUAAGAUGCAGAAAAGUUAUUUUUGCUCUCUUUUCCUGCUUUAAGGAUAUAUAACGAAGGCCUGAAUUUUUCUUGUUUUUAUAUUAGAAAUACACUUUUUUUUAUAUCCUGGAUGAUUGAACCACUGGAUAGUUUUCAAGAUGGUAGAAGAGUGACAAAACAAGUACUAAGAACGUGAAACCUGAUUGAGGUGGAAAGUGUUUUAAAUGGUGAAUAAAGGUUAUUUUCAUCAACACAUACUUUGUACAAAUAUCAUACAAAAAGUUGGGGGGGAAAGCCUCUGAUUCCAAACCUCUACCCUUCCAGUCAAGUUUUAAGUCAACUCAGAAUACACAUGAGACUGCCAACAACUUCUCUCGCAAAACCUCCAAAAACCAGACUUUAUGUUUCUGAUUAUUUCUAAUGUAAAAAAGAAAAAAGCCUUUGACUUUCUCAUAUAUAAUAAAAAUCAAUACGGGGGGAAAAAA